AUGGACGUUAAAGGAAGAUUCUAUGCCCAUCUCAAUGUAAGGCUCCCGUUCAGGACACACUCAUCCGACAGGCUGGUGAUCCGAUCGCUCUCUCCAGGGCACAGCUCCAAAGGGGUCAUCCUCCUCAGCGCCCCCCAGCAAGCGAUCGAAUGCUGCAGCUACCUGAAGGACCUGGGCUCCUGUAUGAAGAGCGGGAAGUGCAACUUCGACGAGGCCAUAAGCAUCUUCGUGCAAUCUCAGCGUUCUUGGUCUAUCCUUGAGCAGAAAGAAGCGCUGGAGUCACUGGCGACCUGGUAUGUUCAGAUAGCGCAGAAGGAGCAAGGAAGUUUGUCGCAUGUGGAUCAGCUCUUGCAGCUUGCUUCCAGCCGACGCCUGUUCUGCUCCCACAAGUUCUAUCAUUUGCUCCUGGCAGUCAUUGUGGAGUUGAGGAAGCAAGGUUGCUGCAAGAUUUACGAUGGGGAGAGGAUCCUGGGAGAGAUGGCCGCGCAGGGAGUGCCGCCGGACGCGUCCACCUUCGACUUGUUUUUCAAGAUCAUGUCGAACAAAGCUCAGGACAAUCCAGUCGGUUCCAACGAGUUGGAGGCCUUUCGGAGAAGAGCAGCCUCUGCAGGAGUGAAGCUGAAGGUAGGAACUUGGAUCUCGUUGGCUCAGUUCUUGGCCGAGCUUGCAAGUGAGGGCAAGGCCUGCGGGGAGGAUGCUAUCAAGAUGUUGGAUGAGUUCUAUAGCGUGAAACGGACUCGAGUAUCAGUUCGUAGCCAGACCGUCUUGUACAACUCUGCAAUGCUGGUUGUUGCCAACAGGAUCCGAGGCUUGGAAGGCAACGAGACAGCUGCUUCCUUGGAGUUCACUUACAUCCAGAAGGUUAUGGAGCACAUGCAGAGCAAUGAGGUCAAGCCCGAUGUCGUCACGUUCAACACUGCCUUGAGCGCAUACAGCACUCUAAGCCAGCUGGGAAUCGUGACGUUUAACAGCUCAAUGGAGCUUGUCAAGAGAAUGAAGCUGAUCGAAAUUCAGCCUGAUGUCAUUUCGUUUAAUACUCUGAUGAAGAUUUCUUUCGACUCGGCUGACCUCAAGAGCACCAUAAGAAAGAAGAAGAAUCUGGUUCCUGCGACGCAGAGUCUUCGAGAGAUCGACGAAAUAUUCCAAGUGAUGAAAGAGUUUGAAGUGAAGCGUGAUCUUGUGUCUUUCAAUACUCUGUUCUACUCUGCUGCCCAAGCUUGCAAGAACGGGGUAGACUACAACGGGAGUCAAUCGUUGAUGUGGUUGGAUGAGAUGCGCUCUAUCGGAAUUAUGCCGGAUACAGCAUCAUUGAACUCUCUUCUGAUGUUUGUUGGAAGUCUUUCUUCACGUGGCAAACUGAAGGUAGAAGAGAUCUGGACGGUAGUUCAAGAAGCCAACAAGCUCGGGGCAGUGUGUGACAUUCAGUCUUACAACCUCAUCCUGUUUGCGAUUGCUGGAGCAAUAUACCACGACAAGGCAGCGAUGAAGGACGUGAGAUAUGUGCUGAAGACGAUCGACGAUGCUGGGCUGACCAUGAACACCUACACCUGCAACUCCCUCUUCGAGAUCAUGAGCCGCAUAGCGAGCCGCAGCCGUCUCAAUAAGGACGCUCCUUCCAUCACCAUCAAAGACGUCCGGGAGAUCUUCCGGGAGAUGAAGAGCAAGAGCAUUGCCAUGGACGUUGUCACUUUCAACAGUGCCCUCUGCUGUGUUACUGCCCUGGCCAAGUCCAACGCUGCGAGCAUUCGGGAUGCUGAAGAUUUCAUCUUUGAGAUGAGGAGGUUGAGCAUCUCCCCGGACAUCAUCACUUACACCAAGUUCCUGGAGAUCAUCGCCGUACAAGCCAAAGUCGGCAAGGUGGACGUGAGGGAGGCAGAGCUGGUGAUGUAUCAGAUGCAGCAGGAGGGCAUUAAACCCUCGCUGGUCACCUAUAACGUGCUGAUGGAGGCCAUGAGCGGCUUCUUAGCAUGGAGGAAGGCGAAGUUUGAGGAGGCAGAAGCAGUUCUGGAAGCGAUCGAGGCAAGGGGAUACACGCCUGAUGCCUACACCAUCACCUACUUCUGCCAUUGUGCUCGUCUGACAGGGGGAAUGAGGCAGGCGAUGGUCACUCCCCAGCGUGUCAAUGCGGUUCAGCGGGCAUGGGUGGUUUUCAGGAACCUAAGGAUGAGCAAGAGGACGACGGUUGCGUAUGCAGCUAUGAUGGAUGCCUUCGGAGCUGUCGGAAGGAACCAAGUUGGCUUGGGGCUCCUUGACCUUGCAGAAAGCCAUGGCCUCAUGCCAGACACGGUGAUGAUGAACGCGGCGCUGCGAUGCUGCGUCGAUCACAAGGAAGUCGAGGAGAUCGUUGCCAAGAUGGAUAGGAUGCACAUACCCAAGAACAGCGGGACCCUCAAGCUGAUUGAGAGGGCCAGGCUUGGAGCCGAUCUCACUCUCAACUACAAGUACUUCCGAUGA